ACCCUAACCCUAAUUUUGAUUCAUAGUAGAGAGGGAGGCCACAAGAAAAAGAAACAAAAGUUGCGUAUCACCGUAACACUUUCACAAUACAUACCACCAACAAUACCGAAACAGAUCCAAAUCCGGCCGAACCUUUUUCUCGCCGGAGAACUGCAGCCGGCCGGAAAACCGCCGCACGCAGCGCCGGCGUACCAACGUCUACAAACCACCAUCAACCAUCACUAACAACCUUCAUCACCGUCUCCUUCUUCAAACACUCACUUGCUUCAUCCACCAUUAACAACAAUCACAUACAACAACAGCAACACAGCAGCAGGAAAUACAAACCAAAAGCAACAUUAACACCCUCUUCAUUCACCAUGGAAAGCCAUUAACCACAACAAUAACAACUCACCAUAUCUGGAGCUUCUUUUCUUCAAAUAUGAAUGACAACAUGAAGCAUUUUCAAAAGAAAUUAACAGAAUUGGAACUCGAAGCUGAACAUCUUCUUUUAGCCCGACAUCAGCUGGUUGAGAAUGAUAAGUUGAGGAAUGGGAACAGAGAAGCACUUACUGCAUUAAGGAAAAAGGCUCGGACCACAACAAGUAGUGUUCCAUCUCCUUUUGGAUCAAUAAUGAAGGGAGUUUCAAGACCUUUGGUGCAAGAGGUGUGUACCACCUGUGGUAACCAUGACUCUUUUGAGAAGACGUGGACAAUGUUUCCAGGAACGGAUCUGUUUGUUGGAAUUCCAUUUCAUGCUGCUCAUACUAUAUUGGAAACAGAUCAAACUCAGCUUGACUUUGAGGCAAAGAAACUACAGAGCAUUGUGAAGGAAAAAUCACUUAUUAUAUCAGAUACAGGUGCUCUUGCAGACAAGAUUAAUCCUGGAGUGCUUAAGUCGCUUGUAACCUUAAAUGACAAACCAAAGUAAGAGGCUUUAUGCCGACUACGGCGUGUUAUAGUGUCUUUUGGAAAUAACUUUCUUCAGGCAUUUAGGUGGUUUAUUCAAGUCUUGAUGUUGAAGACAAGUGAGAUCAUGGAUUAUCUCUAUCUAUCAGCUUUACUUCUUCUAGAUGCACCAACCAGUAACCUAUGCUUAAGUUUCUCUGAAGUCACACUCUAUAAACAAUGAAUAUUGAAGUUUUAGAAGCUGCUCAUAAGACUUAUAUCACAACCUGAGAAAAGACUACAAAGUUAUGAUUCACACAAACUUUUUGAUACCAUUCUUUUUUAUAAUGUCAGUUAUAAUACAAACAUAAUCUUGUCUAAUAACCAAAAGAAUGGUAUCAAAAUAAAUUAGGGAAUUGGAAUUGUGAUUAUAUUAGUAAAAAAUAAUUUUUGCAACUA